AUGCAUUUACUGCCUGAUCCGAGCUUGGCCGCUUUUGAUCCUGAAAUUAAAAAAACUCUUUCACGUAUUAGGCGAGCUCGACGUCGGUUAGCCUUUGAAGGUGGUGAAGUGGUUGUUGCCAAUUCACCAAUCUUAUCAGAUAGUGAAUUUGAACCACCAUUUGAGAAAGAAAUAAGCUCCUCUACUACUGAUUCAGUUGAUCUACGUGCAGGUGACAUGGCAGAGCCCAAGAGAAUUACUCUCCAGGAAGCUGGAGCCCCAGACUUCACCCUGCAACCGUAUCACGUGCAUCACACAAAUCUGGCUUUAGAUUUUGAACUGAAGAUGUCGCUAAUCAACUUCAUACCCAAGUUUCAUGGCUUACCUACUCAGGAGCCUAUAAAGCACCUAAGAGAUUUUCAGACAUCCUGUUCUUCUGUUAGGCAUCAUGCUGCAGAUGAGAUUACUAUUCUGCUGAUUGCUUUCCCGUUUUCUCUUAAGGGAAAGGCGAGAGAGUGGUACUACACUCAACCUGAGGCCGUGGUUACCAACUGGGAUACGCUUAGGAGAGAAUUCCUGGACAAAUACUUUCCAGCUGAAGUUAUAGACAGACUGAGGAAAGAGAUCUCCUGCAUCAUUGGUGGACGAAAUUGUAUGAAGCCUCAAGAUAAAACUACAUUAGAUGCUACAGAUAAUGGCUCUCUGAAGAAGUACACGACGGCAACAGAAGUGUGGCAGCUGAUUGCCGAUCUAGCUGAGUCCACUCGGAAUGCCAGACACUGGAAUUAUCGCAAAGUCGUUGUGGAGGUUUCCUCUAGCAGUGAGACCACUGUUUUCAUACAGGCUGUGUGUGAGAUGACCAAACUACUACAGCAGAUAAAUCUGAAUCAACAACAAUCUCAAACCCCUCACCACAACAUAGUCAACAACUGGUUCCUCAGAGAGUAUGCGGGAUAUGCGACAAAUACAUCCAAGGUGGGAACUAUAACCAAAGUUGUCAAGACAACUCCAACCAAGGCUGGAGAGAUAAUUCCAACCAUGGCUGGAGGGACAACUAUAACAGAAGAGGCAGAGACAACCAGGAAUAACCAACAGCAGGCCCCUGAAAUCACCUACCCCUCUUCUUCUAAUGACGAGUUGCUUCAUUCCCUUGCACAAGGACAGAAGACCAUAGAAAGCACACUUAACGGUCUAACUUCUGCUAUACAAGCUCUCGUCUCCCAGAUAGGAUCGUCGAGCACCUCUAAUUUUCAACCUGUAAGCUCCAAUGGGAUUCCUUCUCAACACUUACCAAAUCCCAAGGUUGGCAUCAAUGCCAUCACUUUGAGGUCCAGAACUACACUGCAAGAAAGGAACCAGGAGGAGCCAAGGCCAAAAGAGCACGCCCCAGAUGCAGACAUGGUUGAAGUGGAGGAUGUUGAAGAGGAAGAUGAACAAGUGCCUAAAUAUGUGAUGUUUCUAAAGGAUUUGUGUAUACAUAAGGAUAAUAUUAAUGAAUUAGAAACUAUUCCUCUAGGUAGUUCCAUAUCUGCUUUAAUGGGGGAUAUACCUGAAAAAUGUAGUGACUCAGGACCAUGGAUGGUUAACUGUACCAUUGGGGGUGUAAUAUUUUCUAACUGCAUGUAUGAUUUAGGAGCGUGCAUGAGUAUUAUGCCUUUGUCCAUAUAUGAUGCUUUGAGACUCCCUCCUUUAAAAAGGUCGACAGCUCGUUUUAUGUUAGCAGAUAAAAGCAUUAUUACAGUGGUUGGAAUUGCUGAGGACGUGCAAAUGAGCAUUAAGGGGCUCACGUUUCCCAUUGACUUCUAUAUCUUGGAAAUGCCCCAAAUGACUCAGGAAAAUCGUCAUCCAUCUUGCUUGGAAGACCAUUCCUGA